ACCGACUUGAGGGAAUUCAGUGGAUCAGACAUAUUAGCUUCCUUCAUUGAGGGGGAAAAGAUGUUGUGCACCAGAUUCAUGUCCUACUUUGUUGCUUGCAUGAGUCAUGAUGAAUCAGUCCACAUGAUUGAUGGUGGUGGAUACAGGGUCUUCUUAUCUCUAGAGCUUGGGGUGAGUGAGACCAAUGUCACGUGCACUAGUCAGCAUUUCAACAGUUUUUUUUAUAUUCUCUUAUUCCAUUCAUGGCACAUGCAGGAUUAUGUCAAUAUAGAGGAAGGUGAAGGCAUAUCUCAGUGGGAAUCACCUCAAGCCCUCGCCAUUUUACAACGUGAUAUUGAACAUGUUGAUCCAAACAAAGUGAAACUAUUCCUUUUGCCGGUUAUGGAGGAGGGUCACUACAGCAUAUACUGUAUCAACUUCAUACAUGACCGCAUAGAUGUUCUGGAUUCUAGCCCAGAAGACCACAAAGUUUACCAUCAAGUUCUAGGUGACCGAAUCAUUCACAGGCUCAAUCUCCUAUUCCAGUUGGCUACGAAUUCCACAAUAAAACAGUUUACUAGAUUCAAGCGUCCCAUCAUAGAUGUAUGUUCACAAACGCGUGCAAUUGAUUGCGGUUUCUUUGCACUUAAAUUCAUGGAGCUUUGGAAUGGUGAAUCUUUCCAUUUUCCAAUCCUAGCAGAAAACAUAUGGCAGUACAAGUCUCAGCUCCUCUUCUAUGGCAUCUACCAUCCGAUCAACAAGAUUGAGAAGCUCCCUGCUGGACUCGAAGCAUAUAGGCCUCGCCUGUGAUCCUCAUCAUUGAUCCUUGUUUUCCAACAAAAUGUGUACUAGUGAAUAAGUUCGAUGCCACUUGUUUUUCUACUGCCCACAAUAAAUUAUUUCAUGUUGGUUGUAUGGACACCAGAGGUU